AUGUUGGAGUUUCUUCUGCUGGACAAGAGAGUUGCCUCCCUGAAAAUUCAAGUCGAGGAUAGUGCCCUGACUCUUGUCUGUGCUUAUAUGCCAACAAUUGGGUCAGAGUAUUUGGCUGUUGUGGGCUAUUCGGUCCCUGUACAAGCAGAGCGAAAGCUUGGUUCCCAAUACCGACUGCAAGUCAUAUUUGUGCCUGAAGUUAAGACUCUAGGAGCACGCCGGAGGAAGGAUCGAAUAAUGAAUCGAAGCAGAGCAAUUUUCUCUCUGGGAUUUUGCUUUACUGAUAUCUUCUUUAGCGCCAUCAUCCGCAAUCCAAAGUGGUCACUAGUGCUGGUUAUUCUAUUCCUUACAGAGCAAAACCUGAGGAACUCAAGACGACGAGGAGAGCUGCCAGCACAGGGUCCAACUGAGGAUCCUGUUCAGAGGAGAAACAGGAGAUCCCGAAGACGAGAAAGGAGGGCAUCCACUACUGAAGAUAUUUUUAAUCACUUACCAUCUGAUGAUAGUCAAAUUGCUUAUAGAAGUCUUUCUUGCAUCCAGAAUGAAGCUGGGUGUCGAUUUACAGGUGAAAUCUGCAUACCUGUUUUGCACUGUGAAGCUGUAGCACUUGACUUUGCCAAUGAUAUUAUGGACUGGCAUUUAAACAGCGAUGUUAUUGAUGAAGAAAUUGAAUAUCUGUUAUCACAGGAUACUGAUGUUACUGUUUAUGUAGUGUUGGAAAUGGGAAGAUACUUAGAGCUAGCUGAAAGUUUCUGUCUGGAAAAAGGCUGCAAUGAAAGUGAAGGACCACGACAUCUUAGGCUAACAUACGAUUUUGAAAUUAUAAAUCUGAGUGAUAAUUAUCGCCAGAGACUCACUCAAAGACAGCUGGAUUCAUUGUCUACAAGGACUUUUCAUGGAAAUGAUUCUCUAAGUACUUGUCGGGUAUGUUUGGCCACAUUUAUUGAGGGAGACAUACUUCGCAGCCUGCCAUGCUCUCAUGAAUUUCAUGUAGGCUGUGUGGACCAAUGGCUUUCUAUGCAUUCAGCAUGUCCAAUCUGCCGUGGGUCAGUAAUACCAGCAGUAAGCAUCUGAGAGACCUAAAAAUGAUACAUCCGAAUUUAGUACUGAAAACUGUGCCAGGUUAUA